GGAGCUACCCUAGUCGAUUUCGACCUUGACUUAUAUAUCUUCAAAUAUCGAUGUUUACGUAUCUCAAACGCACAUAAGGCUUUAACAGCCCCGAUUCUAUACGCAGUUCUGAAGAAAAGCAAUCAAAUAUAUUUUUAUUUCUUAGAUAAUUGAAAAUCUGUUGGAGUGUUUUUAUCCAGAAUUGCAUACAAAACGGGGCUGUUGAGCCCUUUUGUGUGUUUGAGAGACGUGGAUGUCGAUAUCAAGAGGUGUAUACGUCAACACCGAAAUCGGUAAGGCACCCCCUUAACACUUCAAAUAUUUAGGAUUUGGACCGAUAAAGGGCUCUCAUCAUUUACCCAUGUUUUUGGCGUAAGAACACCACAAAUUACACAAUGGAUUCGAACAAAGUUGAUCGAUGGAGUAACACACAAGCAGCACUCAAGGACUUCAUGAUUAAUUUCAGUUGCAACAAGUGCAACUACACAGCACGUGACCCAAUUCGUUACCAAAAAUGUGACCACCUGUUUUGCACAACAUGCAUUGGAUCAAAAUCUCAAUGCCCAGCGUGUAAUACUCCAGCUAAUAGAAAUGAAGUUUACUCUGACAAAAUAACAGAAAAAUUGAUUGGAUAUGGCAACAUCAUUUCUCAAAUAGUUCACAAGACUCAAUCGCCGAUGAAGGUGGAUAACAAAACUCUGAGUAGUAAUUUGUCAGCAACAGAACAUAAUGUUUCAAUCAAGUCACAAACUAUUCCCAAAAAUGUGAACAAACCUAAUAUGAAAGGGGAAACUCCACUGCACAAAGCAUGUUUAAAGAGAAACAUUGAAAGGGUUCGUUCGCUAUUAGAGGCUGGAGCAGACCCCAAUACACAAGAUAAUGCUAAGUGGACUCCUUUGUUCGAGGCGGUUAGUUAUGGAUAUUACGAAAUCUGUAAGCUUCUUCUUGAGGCAGGGGCACAUCCAGAUACCCCAGUUGAACAGAACCGAACAGCUCUACAUGCAGCAGUUAACUGCAAUGACAUUGAAAUGAUCAAACUUCUGCUACAAUAUAGAGCUGAUGUCAAUGCAUGUGACAGUUCUGGUAAAACACCACUUGAUUAUGCAUCUGAAGAGGUCCACAAAAUUUUAACGUGUUAUAAACCUGCAGAGAAUAUGCUGGAAAAAAGUUUGUCAAGUAUUUCAAACAUAACGGCUUCUUACAACAACACUUUGACUAGCAAUGGAACUCAUGUACUUGGAUUAGAUCUGAGUAGCGAGAGCCAGCUCCUGCUUUCUAAACUAGCUAGUAAACACAAAAUCAAAACAGUCAAAACUUUUACAGCUGCUGUAACUCAUGUUGUCGUGGAAGCUAAUGAUCAGUAUGAUACCCCUGUGAAUUAUGUAGUUUUACUCGCUAUUCUUCAUGGUGACUGGAUCCUCGUCAGUGAAUUGCUCAGGCAUUGUGCAAAUCUUACAGACCUUACUACAAUAGAAUUGGAAUUUUUUGAAGUACAGGGUACAACAAAUGCUCGAAGAAGUGGUGCUCCUACUCGAGCCAGAGAAAAUACACAGAAAAAGAACCCGAGGCUCUUCAAUGGCUGCAAUUUUUUCUUUGCGAUAAACAACCAGUCUACAUAUACAUUUGGUGAUCUACAGUUUACUAAGUUGACACUUUCAAAAUUAAUUACUGAGGGGGAAGGAAAGGUAUUACAUAGGGAACCUGAUCCUGAAUCGAUACGCACGAAUGAGGAAAUUCCAUUUCAUGUAGCACGGGAUGUUUCUCAUCCCUUACACAGUUGUUCUCAUUAUAUAAUAUAUGUGCCUGGAAUGGAUGAGCCACAGAUACAAUAUAAUAUGCCGCACAUAAAAUCUUUACCUUUGAUUUGGCUCAUUGAAUCUAUUGAACAAUUCAAAUUAUUAGAUCCUGCUGAAAUAGGCAUAAUACCCUCUGCCAAUGAUGUGUGAUAAUUGCUUGAGACUGAGUUUCAAUUUCAGUUUUACCAGCCCAAUCAUAUCAAUCGUAAAUACAAUUAUUUGAAUUUUUUCUUGAUCACUCGAUACACAAAUACUUAUGUCAGACACCUGUAUCAGCUAAUUAUACAUAAUAUGCCAUUUUAACUAGUCGACCAUAUUAUUACUUCGUGAAUUUUUAAUUUACAAACACCGGAAAUACACGCAGCACGAAGUUUACCGCGCUUUUACCUUAAUUUUUAUUUCGUCUCACGACUGUUUACUAGAACCUCGAUUAUCCGAAUCAGUUGGUACCGGGUCGAAUUCGCAAUAGCGAAAAUGCGGGUGAUGGAAUAGUAAUGUUGAAAGAAACGAUGCUACGUGAUAAAGAAUAUUAGAAACAUAAAGCAUAAAUUUUAUGUAUUUUUACACGCGUUAUGUUUUUCUUUCAGAAUGUUAAUCACAAUAGCGUUAAUUUGAACUGUGAAUCGAUCCUCCGAUGUCUGUUUUCAUAAUAGCGUAUUUAUAUAUUCUAUAAUUUCGGGUCUU